AUGUUCGCAACGAAACGGGCAGCGACGAGACUGGAGAGGGAAGCAAUUGGAAGUUCGGAUGUGGAGGUUAUCCACGGUAGAUUUCGGCAAAAUUCAAUGAGUUUAAAUUGUAAUAUCAUUGCUUUUUCAGCGAUUCAUCUCCCAAAUGCGAGCCCUUUGCGCCGUCAGAUGCAUGUACAACGUGGAUUGGAGCGAAGGAGCCAGCCCCGACUUCAACAAGACCCCAUGCGCCGUGGAGUUCGAUGUUAAUGGGUAAGGCUUUGAGUUUAAGAUUGAAGUUGGGAAUUGUAUUGAUUACAUUUUGAUAGGUAAUGUAAGGAAACGUGACAUUUUUACAUCCGAUGUCAAGCGUAAUAUAAUUUUUGGCCUUAAUUAGUUCCAAAAUGCAAAUAUGAAGUGAGGAAGUAACCUAAAUGCCCUUUUAUGUGUUUUUAUGUCUAGACUGGGAUAUUGAUUAUAUUGCACAUGACAGCUUUCAAUCUGAUGUCAAGUAUAAUACAAGUUUUGCCCCGAAUUCGCUCCAAAACGCUUUCAUAAAGCAAAUCAAAGUAAAAUCAAGUGUCUAUCAGUUUUGCAAGCAAAAUUUGGCGAUUAAUUAUAUUAAGGAUGUAAUUUUUUAUGUUAGCCAUCAAGUGCUAUAUAAUUUUCAUCGUUUUUGAGUUCACAAUAUAACUCAAUCAACUUUCAAUGCUCUUGUGGUCCUAAAUGAACUCCUGGACAAUCCGCGAAAGGCUCGGUACUACGUCCGUCACGGCCGUCUUCCACGAAAAUACCGAGUUCCGACGGCCGAAGGGGAGCGCUCUCGCCGAACCACAGUCUGAUGUACAUUCAAAAUAACCCCCACAGAAAUAUACUCCCCGAAUCUCAGCAUCCUCCUGUACUUGUUAGUUACUCUUUUCGAAUAUUUUUCAGUUCCCACCGCUCCUUUACUUGUUAUUUUUCAAACCUUGUUUGCGAAGUCGGCGGCCUCACUGCCGGGAUCCCAUCUCCAAAUAUACUCUGUUUGUUAGCCAUGAUUGUUCAUUGUUAUCCCCAGCCGUCUACCCCUCAAUUAUCCCCCAUAUUAUGUUGUUGUUGAUAUUAGACUUGAUAUUUUAUUCAUAGCCCAAUUCAGAUUAUAUAUUCUCCAAAAUUCUACUACUCCCACUAUUUAUAGAGAGCACAGACAAUUUACCCGUCCGAAGUUACUCCAUUGAUCUCAUCCUCCCAAAUCUUAUUUUUUCUCCACCUUACUAGGGAAGUGUACAAACGAACCCUCGCCAAAUGGCAAGUGUUAUACACCAUUGGAAAGCCCUUGAAAAAUGGUGCAAUGCACCAUUUUCAUUUUUUGCAGAAUGCCUCAGGGCAAAAAGUUAUAAACGGUACAUUUGUCCCUUAAGUAGUCACAAUAUCUGCUAUGGGGCAAAAUAAAUGUUAUUUUAAAACGCUAAGUGGUACGUAUUGGUACUAGGUUGUCCUAAGAAUCAUUAUGAAGUUUGGCGCUUGCCAGUAAAACCAUUUUACAUAUGAUAUUUACUGGUUUUAAAUACCCAUAAGGUGAAAAAACAAUUUUUUACUUUUUUUAAUCUUGAAAAACAUGUAAGUUUGAUGGUUUUAACCGUAAUCGACCGUCUUUCAGAAAAACUAAAACGUUUGUAAAAGAUUAACGCAAAUAUUUUCCUAGCUGUAAAAAAGCAAAAAUGGUUUUGCCCAAGCUGGGAAUUGAACCCGGCUUGUUUUGGCUUAUCAGCCUACUCAGCAACCCCUGCACUAUUGAAGCAACCCUCUCCGAGGAUUUUUUCCUGCCCAAGAGAAAGAAAGAUUUUUGUUUCAAAAUGACCUAAAAAUAAUACAGCUUACAGUAUGUCGUCGCGGAAAGGCAUUCUGCAAAAAAUGAAAAUGGUGCCUUGCACCAUUUUUCAAGGGCUCUUCAAUGAUGUAUGUCGCUUAUCAUUUGGUGAGGGUUCGUAUGUACACUUCCCUAGUUAGGGUGAAAGAGAUGACCGACAGGGGUUAUAUCAUUAAAAACCGUUGAAUUUGUGACGAAAAGUUGCCAGCCCACAGAAAGCAGAAUAGGAGCAGAGAUUGCCACGGCUCCGUAGCCGGCUGUUGGCUCCGGCUCUGGGCGGCUCCGAGCCGGGUGCCGGAAAUUUUGGCUCCGGCUCCCGAGCCCAAAGUCGGAGUCAGGCUUCUCAGCAUUCAGAAAAGUAGGAAUUGCGUGAUCUUGUUAAACCAAAGAGCCGGGAUUCGAAGCCGCAGACCUUUUUAAGUUUUUCAUGGCCUCGCUCCGGCUCUGGGAGCUAAGAGCCGGAGCCGAAAUUUUGACCGUGGCAAUCUCUGAAUAGGAGUCAAUGCAGAAUCUCCGUUUCAAAUACCCUUUUAUGAUUCACUUUCACCCGAAAAACUUCGGAUCGAAGGUCACCCGGUAGAAUUCAUGGAUGAAAAUUCAGCAACAGUUCCAUAGACUGUUGCAAGCUGGUCUGACAUCUGCUAAAUUUUCUUGCACUGGUCGCAACCACCUCUACAAACGGUGGUUACGAUCUGAAAGAAUAACACUUCCGCAACCUGCGGGGAAAUUCGGAGGCCCAUAAGCGUCCCGUUGUCCAAUUUACAAUGAUUCUGCAGCUGGCCGGAUAGGAAGAACAAAAAUAGAGGAUGCAGCACUGACGGCGUUGGAAGCCGAAGACCAGACCAGCGGAUUCUGGGAGCUUACCCACCAGCGGGACCCUGGAUAUUAG